UACGCCGCUUUGGCUGCCGUUGCAUCGGCGAAUUCUGCUGACCGGUGGAAAAGUAAAAACAGCGAUAAAUAUAGUUACCAAAUAAAAAAAAAUAUAUAUAAAAGAACAAGCGAAUCGUACACCCCGCGUGAGUCAAGAAAAUAUGUUUUUUUUUUGGUGUGAAAAUCGCCUUACAAUUUCCCCUGGAUUUAGCACUUUUGGGGCACUCGUCUUUUGAAAUUCACCAAUGUCAAGUGCAUGGAUUUACCCACUUCUCGAGGUUUUUCGAAAUACGAAUACUGUCGUUUAAAAGUGGUGCGCAGAAAUGAGGUGGAACUUUCUCUGAAGGUCAGCUUGUUGCAGCUUCCCAUCCGUAAUUUGACCGCAAGACUACAAUGCUUUCAAAGGCGGGAUGGCUAUCGUCCCUUUAUGUACAAUGUGCUCUUUGAUUUUUGCAAGCUGAUGUCCAGUGGGAGUAAUGAAUUUUCUUUUGAACGUUUAAUUUUCGGUGCUGUUCGAAUGCAUAGUAAUCUUAAUCAUUCUUGUCCUUGGAAAGAGAACCACAUGACGGUGGAGAAGUUUGCCCUGGAUUUAAACAAGAUCAAUAUGCCAGUACCUGCUGGAACCUACCGCUUGGAUUUCACCUUUUACGCCUACGGCAUCGCUCGCACAUUGACACAGGUGUUUUUCGAGAAAAUCGAGUGAAACUCGGGCGUCACAAAAAUGUUCUUAGUUUUAUUUUUCUAAGCACCUUAAACUGCGUAAGUUAAAACUCCAAAAAAAAAAAAAAAUGUCAAUAGAUUGGCAUCGCUAUUUUCAAUUUAUAUACACCAUCGAUUUGAUUUCCUAGCCGUAAUAAAAGUCUGUGUGGCAAGUUAAAGUCAAUCAAGUCAAUAAACAAUUACGGGCAA